AUGUUGGAGCACUCUUCUGAGCUGGCCCUGGUGCAGAGUUUGUAUGCCAACAGCAUGCGCUGUCCCCAGUCUGCAGCCGGGAUCUCUGUCAGGAAUGAGGACCUGCCUUUGAGUCGACUGAUGUCUUCUGGCGACACAAUCAAUGGCAACGGCACAAAGAUGAACGGGUCACUGGAACACCUGGAUCAGCCUGAUCCGGAUUCAAUCAAAAUGUUUGUGGGGCAGAUCCCACGUACCUGGUCUGAAACGGAGCUACGAGAGCUGUUCGAACCCUUCGGACCUGUUCACCAAAUCAACAUCCUCAGAGAUCGCACCCAGAACCCCCCACAAAGCAAAGGAUGCUGUUUUGUAACGUUUUAUACAAAAAAAGCUGCACUGGAUGCCCAGAAUGCUUUGCACAACAUAAAGACCUUAACUGGGAUGCAUCAUCCUAUUCAGAUGAAACCCGCAGAUAGCGAGAAAACAACCGAUCUCUCUUUUCCUGUUGCAGCGGUAGAAGACAGAAAACUGUUCAUUGGAAUGGUCUCAAAGAAGUAUGGUGAAAAUGAGGUCCGGAUGAUGUUCUCCUCAUUUGGUUCAAUCGAGGAAUGCCGAAUUCUGCGGGGUCCUGAUGGGCAGAGCAGAGGCUGUGCGUUUGUCACAUUUGCUACCAGGGCAAUGGCACAGAAUGCAAUCAAAACCAUGCAUCACUCUCAGACUAUGGAGGGCUGCUCCUCACCUUUGGUGGUGAAGUUUGCUGACACACAGAGGGAUAAGGAGCAGAGGCGCCUGCAGCAGCAGUUGGUACAGCAAAUUCAGCAGCUCAAUAGCGCCCCCUGGGGAAACUUGGCUGCACUGGGAGCUCUCACACCUCAAUAUCUGGCUCUGCUGCAACAAGCCACAUCUACCAGUAACCAGAGCACUUUCAAUGGCAUUCAGAGGCUAGGAGGUAUGAAUCCACUGCAGCUGCAAAACCUGGCUACCUUAGCUGCUGCUGCGGCAGCUGCCCAGAGCUCUGGCAGUCCCUCCUCCACCAAUGCCUUCUCUAGCACUGGAGCCUUGGGAGCUUUAGCCAGCCCAGUUGGUUCAACAGGGUCCAGCACUGGAGCAGCCAUGAACCCUUUGGCCUCUCUGGGUACUCUGCAAGGCCUGACCGGAACUUCUAUGGGCCUCAACAAUCUGAAUGCACUCACCAACAGUGGUAUGGGAGUGAUGAACGGAGGGCUGGGAGCCUCUCUGGCCAAUGGCUCAGCUGCCAGCUCCAUGGAUGCUCUGACUCAGGCUUACUCAGGGAUGCAGCAGUACACCUCUGCCCUGCCCUCUCUCUACGGACAGGCCCUGCUACAGCAGAGUGCUGCAGGCAACCAGAAGGAAGGGCCAGAAGGGGCCAACUUAUUUAUCUACCACCUGCCCCAAGAGUUUGGCGAUCAGGAUCUCCUGCAGAUGUUCAUGCCUUUUGGAAAUGUGGUUUCUGCCAAAGUCUUCAUUGACAAACAGACCAAUCUUAGCAAGUGCUUUGGGUUUGUCAGCUAUGACAAUCCUGUGUCUGCACAAGCUGCCAUCCAGGCCAUGAAUGGAUUUCAGAUUGGAAUGAAAAGGCUCAAGCUCAAAGCUAGCACUGCGAGGAACAACUCUCCAUGCCUGUUUGCUCAUCAUUAG